UCUUGGUUCACGGUCAAGUCACAUCUCGCGAUGGUCACACUGACACUGAUCGUGCCCGUCCUCAUAGCGCUUUCCGCGUUUUGUGAAGCCGCCAGGGAAAAAAGAUCAAGAAGAAAAAACGACUACCCUGAUAAAUCCCUGUGGAAGAAAGAAUACGAAGAUGAACUCACGGAUGCCAUGCUGUCCACCAGAAAAAGGGACAACAUUACUCGAGUGGUCCAGUCUGCAGCCUCAUCAGAUAACGAAGCUGUAAUCGACAAAUUAAUGGAAACAAUAACAUCAAGCGAGAAAUAUCUUAAGAAAGUGGAUAGCAUCGACUUCAGACUGAAUCGCUUGGACAUCGAAGUUCACGAGAAGACAAACAGCAUAUUGAAGCAGUUGAUGGAAAUCAUGAAAGCUAUUAGAAACGAUGCAUAUCCUGACAAAUUGGAAACUGUUUUGGAUACUUUAAAAACAGAAGUGAACCAAAUUAAGUUUAUUUUGGAGAAAAACCCACGGUCUACCAAUGCUGGUAACGACGAAGACGAUCCUAGGUUUUCAAAACGUAUGGAAGGAUCGGAGUUUCACGGAGACAGUAAUCUGGAUACUCGCCUCAGCGUCCUUGAGGGCAACUUGAAGAGCGUCGUGGCUGGCGUGGACUCCAUCAUCUCAACCAUCGCAGAAGUCAAGAAUCGACAGACGUCCAGGACCUAUACCAAAGCCGACACGGGCUCCCCCGGAGUAGUGGACGCGCUCGGUCUGAUCAACGAGUUCAGAAGGACGCUGCAUGAACAAAAAGCAAAGAAGUGUGAAUGCAAGAGCGGAGGAAGGUUUGACAGAUCUGAGAGGUAUCCCACUGACUGCCACGAAAUCCAAAUGCAAGGGUUCAACGUGUCCGGCAUUUAUAAGAUCAAGCCCGAGGACAUGGAGCCGUUCUACGUACUCUGUGACCUCACCACAGCUGGAGGAGGCUGGACGGUAUUCCAAAACCGAUUCGACGGCUCCCAAGAUUUCUACAAAACUUGGUCUGAUUACAAACACGGUUUUGGUAACCUCGCCGGUGAGUUCUGGCUGGGUCUAGAGAAGCUUAACUACCUCACGAAUCAGAAGUUGUACGAAUUGAGGGUAGAGAUGGAAACCCAGCGCGGGCAAGAGGCGUACGCAGGGUACUCAGUGUUCACAGUCGGCCCCGAGCACGAAGGGUACCGGAUAAGCACGCUUGGCACCUAUUACGGCACUGCAGGUGAUUCUUUGGCCUAUCAUGCUGGUCAGAAAUUUUCAACCUUGGACAUGGACAACGACGAGUGGAAAGACGGCGCCUGCGCAUCCGAGCAUGGCGGUGCUUGGUGGUACAAGGAGUGCGAUAAAAGCAACUUGAACGGCAAGUAUGCGACUGCUACUGAUGAGCACCGAGGCCAGUCAAUAUACUGGAUUUCGUUCAAAGCCCCCAACUCCCCGCUAUCGAAGACCAAGAUGAUGAUCAGGCCGCUGCCUGCGAGCAAGCCACUGGACUACGGCGAUGCCAACAGGAAAACUGUAGAAAGUCCGAAACUGAGGCCUCUGCAUGAUCUGCCCAAGGGAGUGAAAGCCACCUACGACCUGAGCCAUUCGCCGUACAGAUACGAGGAGCCCACACGCGCUGACGCCUUCUUCCCCAACUACGCGUAGUCUCUACAACGAAUUGUCAGCACUGCUAGAGAAAACCCAUUAUUAAUACAGUCUGCUGAAGAUCAACCCUACCACAGUUUUGUCAGCCAAACACGGACUAUGGAAAGAUGGAAUAUUUUUCGGAUUUCACGCGUUCAUUCCAUCAGCAUCAACGUCUAUUGUAUCUUUUAAACAAAUAGUUGUCAAAUAUCAAAUUUUAUUGCAAUUGUGUGGUAUUUUAGGGUUGCUUUAGCAGUGGCGGCUAAUAAAUUAACCAAAUUGGUUUCGUAUUUUUUACAUUAUUGUAAUUUCCAAAUUGUUAUACGAUGAAUAUUAUUAUAUUGUUGAAUUUAUUUUAUUUUUAAAUGUUAUUUUUAAACUAAAAUGAACACGAGCAUUUUGCCAUUAAUGGUGGAACUCAAAGCUGCAAUGCAUUUCAUGUAAUGUUAGGUUUUAGAUAAUGAUUGGCAUGUAUGUAUGUCUUUGUACAAAAUGGUCUAUAGUUGCUCCCGAGUGGAGUAUUGCUGUGACGUGUGGAGCUUUGUUUUAAAUUUAUUUUACCAAUGAUUGGAGCCUUUUCCUACUAUAAGUAAUAAUAUUAAAUAGUAAUUGCCUCGUUAUGACUUUCAAAUGAAUGAACAUAGAAGAUAGUAGAUCACUAAGGUGGCAUUCAAGUGGGAUUAUAUUUUCGUUAAAGGUCACUUUUGGUGGAAUAAAAAACGAGUUGCCUGUAA